AAUGGAAUACGUACUAAUAAAAGACAUACGACCGGGUCAAAAAAACAUUAAUGUGGUGUUUAUUGUUCUGGAAGUUGGUCAUCCUACUAUCACCAAAGAAAACCGCGAAGUUCGAACGUUUAAAGUGGCAGACAGCACAGCAUGUAUGAAUGUUUCAAUUUGGGACGAACCUGGACAACUUCUAGUACCAGGGGAUAUUGUAAGAUUAACAAAAGGUUAUGCAUCUGUUUGGAGACAAUGUUUAACAUUAUAUUCUGGAAAAAAUGGAGACAUACAAAAAAUAGGAGAAUUUUGUAUGGUAAUAAAUGAACAGUUAAAUAUGAGUGAACCAAAUCCUGCUUUAGCACAACAAAUGAUUAAUCAAAGUGGAUCUGGUCCACCUGGUAGUAAUGUUAACAAUACCAUUACAAAUAAUGGAAAUGCAAAUAAUAUUGCUGGUCAACCUGGAAGGCAACCAUUGGCAAUUCAAAGUAAUUCAGCAACACCUACAAGUGGUACUUCUGGUAGUUCUACAACAACAAAGAGUGGGAACAAUAAUAAUAAUAGCACUGGUGGAAAUAGUGGUAAUACUUCAGGACUUCCAGGGGGAUCUGCUAGAUAUUCUGGAGAUUCAACAACAAAAACAACUGUUACAACAAAAACUAGUUCUCGUGGUCGUGGGGGAUAUAGAAAUGGUGGACGUAGCGACCGUAGAUAACAUAUAAAUAAAAAGCGGUUAAUUAUAUAUGUAUAAUAAAAAUAUGCAAUUGAUUAUAUUUAGGUCAACUGUAA